GCCUUUUAUUCCCAAGCCCGUUUGGCGUGCUGAAAAGCAAUUUACUUUAUAGAAGAACACGGGUAGUGCCAGCUUUUUCCAAGUUUCUCCUAACCCUUACUCUGCUGUGCAAGUCUGAGCUCAGGUGCAAUUCUUGGUGUUCUGGAGAGCAGGAGGGCACAGGGGCAGGUGCUCCCCGGUGUGGAGCCGAUGCCCAGCUGGGAACAGAAGUGGCAACUUACACCACAUGUCCCGUUUGAAUGAAUCCUCUGAGCCCUGCAGUCUGCAGGGAGACGUUUCUGGGUGCUGCCAGUCUGCUGGAGAGAGUGGUGCCUGUGGCUGAGCAACAAGUGGUUUUCCUCCUAAAUCACUACUUUUGUAAAACAUGCAAGAUCUUCACCUUGGUUAAUUUUAAACAUUGUCGCUGACCUACACGGUGGGGUCAAAGUGCGUGGAAGGCUGAUGGCUUCUGUUUUGUGUAGCUUCAAGGAACUUAAUCAUGGUAUUGACUUGCCUGAGCAACUACCGAGUUGUAACGUUCUUUGGAAAAUGGAAGUUCGUGGUUUGUGGUUUUCCUUCUCUAAGUGCACUUUUUUCCUUAUGCAGCCCUUAAUGCAAGCAAACUGUUGGUAGCAGGAAGAAACAGGUUUGAGAUCUGCUCAGCACAUGCUCGCUGUGCCCUCCUGUGCUCAUCCAGAUCCCUGACUCUUUAGUAUGCCCGCAGUGCUGUUGGGAUUUGGGAUAGCAUUUAUCUGUGUGCCAAAUGCUCUUUGUGCACAGGCUUUCAUUCUGUUUUCCUAGCUCGCCUGCAUCUAAGGAACCAGCUCUGGGGCUUUCUGGCAGUCCUAGCAGAAACUAUUAUAACUCUAUUAUAACUAUUUUAAGUAUUUUCUGAAGGGGCAAUAGGCCAGUAGCAUCACUCUCUCUUCCUAAGUCUGACAGUAGCCUGGUGUUGGCUAUACAGCCUCUACAGGAAUAUUCAUUCAAGUGGGUAAUUCCUUCCCGGUAGUCAAGUUGUUCUCUACUGAAUAAAGUUUGCCUUUCCUUUCUUUCAGUUCUGGGAAAUCCAUUUAAUUAUACAAAUGAGAGCAAACGCUGUGUGCUGAGUCAGUGGUGUGGGGGAAGCAGUAGCGUGGCUUCCUGGCCUAGUGUCGUUCUCUAUGGGAAUUGUUGUACUGCAGCAGCCAGCCUUCCUGAAAUCUCUGCUUUAGCAGAGCUAUAACUGAGCUGGUUUAUGUGGAAAGUCGUAUUGCUUCCUUCUCCAGAAUGUGAAGGAGCAGAUGUCAUGUCCGAAGAAAAAAAAAGUAAUAUCUAAGAUGUCAGAGUUUGAUUUGGGAGCUCCACUCUCAGGAGUUACAGACUACCUGGUGUUGGUUGAACUUUCCAAGUGUGAAGACUUUCCUGCCAGUUAAUUAAUUUAAGGUUAUUCUUUAAGAGGGAGGCAGCAUUCCUUGUUUUCUCUGAUGUAAACUGGUUACUGUUUGUCAUGUUAUCCCUGCAUGCAGGUGAAGAAGUCUGGAGAUGUCUGGGAUGUGGGGACAGCAUCGCUGCCGGGCAGCGCCUCUACAAGACUGUCAACGAAGCCUGGCACAUCUCCUGCUUUCGGUGCUCUGAAUGUCAGGAUCCCCUCACUAACUGGUACUACGAGAAGGAUGGGAAGCUGUACUGUCACAAAGACUACUGGGGGAAGUUUGGGGAAUCUUGCCAUGGCUGCUCUCUGCUGAUGACUGGACCUGUGAUGGUGGCUGGCGAAUACAAGUAUCACCCCGAGUGCUUCGCUUGUAUGAGCUGCAAAGUGAUCAUCGAGGAUGGGGACACUUAUGCACUGGUGCAACAUUCCACUCUCUACUGUGGAAAAUGCCAUAACCAGAUCGUGCUGACACCCAUGAUAGAAAAGCACUCCACGGAGUCCCUGCGGGAGCAGCUGCCCUACACGCUGACCCUCAUCUCCAUGCCCGCGGCCACGGAUGGCAAGAGGGGCUUCUCCGUGUCUGUAGAGGGGGGCUGCUCCAGCUAUGCCACUGGUGUCCAGGUGAAAGAAGUUAACAGGAUGCACAUCAGCCCAGAUGUCCGAAAUGCCAUCCACCCUGCUGAUCGUAUCCUGGAGAUCAACGGAGCUCCCAUUCGCACCUUACAGGUGGAGGAGGUGGAGGAACUGAUUCGCAAGACCAGCCAGACCCUUCAGCUGCUGAUCGAGCACGACCCCGUCUCGCAGCGCCUGGACAGGCUUCGCCUGGACUCCCGCCUGCCCACCCACAUAAAGCCACCCAUCUCCCCACGCUCCCUCUCUCCACUGGACAUCAAGGAGAACCUGGAAGGAACGCUCCGACGGCGCUCCCUCAGGCGAAGUAACAGCAUCUCCAAGUCUCCUGGCCCCAGCUCUCCAAAGGAGCCGCUCCUGCUGAGCCGUGACAUCAGUCGUUCUGAAUCCCUGCGCUCCUCUUCCAGCUGCUCCCAGCAAAUCUUCCGGCCCUGUGACCUGAUUCAUGGCGAAGUUCUAGGAAAAGGAUUUUUUGGACAGGCUAUCAAGGUGACUCACAAAGCAACGGGAAAGGUGAUGGUGAUGAAGGAGCUGAUUCGCUGUGAUGAGGAAACGCAGAAGACUUUCUUGACAGAGGUGAAAGUGAUGCGCAGCCUGGACCAUCCCAACGUGCUCAAGUUCAUUGGGGUGCUGUACAAGGACAAGAAGCUGAACCUGCUCACCGAGUACAUCGAGGGGGGCACACUGAAGGACUUCCUCCGCAGUGCAGACCCAUUUCCCUGGCAGCAGAAGGUCAGCUUUGCCAAAGGGAUUGCCUCUGGAAUGGCUUACUUGCACUCCAUGUGCAUCAUUCACAGAGACCUGAAUUCACACAAUUGCCUGAUCAAGUUGGAUAAGACGGUGGUGGUGGCCGACUUCGGUCUGUCUCGGCUGAUUGUGGAGGAAAGGAAAAAGCCCACUCUGGAGAAACCCUCGGCCAAGAAGCGAACCCUGCGCAAGAGCGACAGGAAGAAGCGCUACACGGUGGUGGGGAACCCGUACUGGAUGGCCCCAGAGAUGCUCAAUGGACAGAGCUACGAUGAGAUGGUGGACAUCUUUUCAUUUGGGAUUGUUCUCUGUGAGAUCAUAGGCCAGGUUUAUGCUGACCCAGACUGUCUCCCACGCACACUGGAUUUUGGCCUUAAUGUCAAGCUGUUCUGGGAGAAGUUUGUUCCUGCUGACUGUCCUCCAGCCUUUUUCCCUCUGGCUGCUAUUUGCUGCAGACUGGAGCCAGAGAGCAGGCCCCCUUUUUCCAAGCUGGAAGAUUCCUUUGAAGCUCUCUCUCUCUACCUUGGAGAACUUGCCAUCCCCCUUCCCUCUGAGCUGGAGGAGCUGGACCACAAUGUGAGUGUGCAGUAUGGACUGAACCGGGACAAGCUACCUGAGAACACCACCUAGUCCGCUCUUCCUGCUGCCUGCAUCACUUCCAUUGGAGCUGGGAUGAGUGUCAGGGAGGGAGAUGCACUUCAGCCACUUCCAGGGCAUUAACGGGGCACCACGCUGUGCAUUUGCUGCAUUGCCUCUCUCUCCCCACCCAGUGCCCCUCCUCUUGGACAUCCUGAUUCACUGUGGAUUUCUGGCGUGUUUCAGAAGCAAAAAGGGCUGUUUCCUGCCAACUGCACCUAGGAAAGCUGCUCAACACUAUUUUUCUGGCUUGAGAAAUGUUUCUCUGGCCUUUUCAGGCUUCUUUACUGUGGUGCCUUAGAACUUGGCUGCAAGCUGUGAAGCCACCCUGGCCUGUCUGCCAGGGGUGGAAUUGCUAUAGGAGACUCUCCUGGGUAAGGACCAGCACUUCUGGAACUGCUUCUCCCACUGACUGCCCUGCUCAGAAAGCUGGGAAAAUUGGACAUCCAGCAAAAUGCCCCACCAGGACAGCACAUGUGUGUAUGUUUGUGCAUGUGUUUCCCAGAACAACUCACUGAGAUGCUGACCUCCCAUGUGCAUCAGGGAGAGAGUGAAAAGCCCCAGGAACUGGGCAGCUCUCCUGAAAUACCUUGUCUCUGGGGAAGCAUGUAUGAAUUUUUGUUUUGGUUUUGUGGUUUUCUUCCCUGUCUCAGAAUACCUCCAAAAGCCUGCCUAGAAACACUAAGACUGAGCUCUGCUUGCCCCUCCUGAUGGUGAAUGAGGCUGGCAGCAAAUGAGCCACUGGGGCAUCUUCAGACCCCACGCCUGCAGUGAUUUUGCCCGCCCCAAACUUUAACCCAGGUGAAGGUGUUUGAACCUGAACAUGUAGAACCGCACUAGGCACUGGCUGGGGACAUUCCUGGAGUGCUGAAGCUGCUUGAGCUCCCGGCCUGUGGACGUGAGUGACAGAAAGGGCGGCAGAAGGUGCUCGUCCGAAAGCCAAAGGUUUGAAGUGGCUCAGACCUUGUGCAUGGACAACAGCAACGGGGGACUUGCCCAAGGUUACUUAAAGGAUGGACUCGUCAUGAACAGAGAAGUGCUGGAGAAUGUCCCAUCCUCCCUGGAGUGGCAGCUGGAGAACAAGUAAUUCAGUUGCCAUUACCUCAUCCUUUCCUGCAGACUGUGCAAGUUGCUCCCUUUGAAGGUCCUUCUUGCAGCUGCUGCUGCAGCACCUGAACUGAUUCUCCAAGCAGAAACUUUCCUCAGGGUCAUUCCCUGCUUUGGGGGAGAAAAAAGGGCUUGGAGUCAUUGGGAGGUAGGUGGGGGUGUAUUUUCUUCCAGUACUUCUCUUCCUCCCUUAGUGGGAGAGGAAAUAAAGCUACCGCUGCGGUAGCUCAUGUGGUUGGCAGAACUGAACCGAAAGCUGGAUCAAGUCCUGCUCUUAACUGGAUUUCUAGUGUGCUCCUUUUUCCCCCCUCCUCCCUUCAGCAUUGAAUGGUGGGGAAUGAGUGUUAGUCUUUGCUGUUACUUUGAUUUUCUCCCCCUACCCAUGAGUUUAAAGUAUUAUGUAAAAAAACAUGGGACCAGCCAUCACAUGACAACAGAUGUGCAAGGGGGGGUGUUUUUAGUCUAUGUAGUGGUGUUUUAGAAACACUGGGGACUCCCUGUGCUGUGAGUCAGUGGAGGAGCCUCACUAAACUGGGUCCAGUGGAUUCAGCAUUAUUAAUAGGAUUUGCCCUUUCAUUCCCCCUCCCAGGCUGGUUUGUGAGGGGACUCCUGAAGGGGAGAGUCCUGGGUGAUGUGUGGGUGGGGUUUAUGAACUGUGAUUUGCACAGCUCCACGCUCUAAAUUAAAAAGCAGUAAGUGAAUGCUGUAAGAACGAGAUUUUGUGGUCUUUGUGUUCAAUAAAGCCGGAAGCUGUAA